CUGAAAACCAAGUGAGGAGAUGAAAGAAUGCACUGUACUACACCAGAGAAUACAGAGAGGAUAGACACCGCAGACAGAUCCUGACCAUCAUCCAAGGAACAACUACUCAGCUGUGGAAAGACAUCCAAUUCCUUCACAGCAUUGCUCAACACAGAGAAGGUUGAGCAGUGAAACUAUCAUCUGGAAAUCGGUCAGAUCAGAGGAGCUCUGACAUAUCAUCAGAUCUGAAACUGGUCAGUGAUGUGGAGCCUUUAAUCAGAACCAGCCUUUCUGAUUCUUCAGCUGUGGGCGAUCAAUCAGAGUGAGGCUAGGAAGAAGAGGAAGUGGCCCCAAUCAUUCACUGAGCCUCUUGAACCACUGACUCAUUUCGACAAGGUGGAAACUGUUCAUGUGUGAGGUGUGUAAGGAGGAUUCCACAGGCUCACACGAUCUAGCACAAAAGCUGCAUCACUAAACAGGAGGAAAUGUGAGGUGUGUGACCAGGGUUUCAUGCAGUCAUCUAUGCUCACAAAACACCUAAAUAUCCAUAGUAGGGAGAAGCCAUUCACUUGUGGAGUGUGCAAUAAAUCAUUCUCUCAGUCAUCACACCUUCACAAUCACCGAUAUGUUCGUACAGGGGGGAAACCAUUUAAAUGUGAAGUUUGUGAUAAAGCUUUUGCAACAUCUAUGACCCUCCUGAUUCAUCAACGCACUCACACAGGGGAGAAACCCUUCAGCUGUCAGGUUUGUGAUAAAUCUUUCUUUCACUCUUCUGUACUGCAGAUACAUCAGAGGAUCCACACACGGGAGAAACCUUUCAGGUGUGACAUAUGUGACCAAGCCUUCGCACAGUCGUUGACACCUGUGAAUCACCGGCGCAUUCACACUGGGGAGAAACCAUUCAAGUGCAAGUCGUGUGAAAAAUCAUUCUCACAGUCAUCACACCUCCGCUUGCACCUACGCAUUCACACUGGGGAGAAACCAUUCACAUGUGAAGUUUGUGACAAAUCAUUCUCACAAUCAACGCACCUCCACAUUCAUAUAGUGGAGAAACCGUUCAUGUGCAAAGUGUGUGACAAAUCAUUCUCCAACUCAUCAACUCUCCGUAUACACUGUCGCACUCACACAGGGGAGAAACCAUUCACAUGUGAAGUGUGUGACAAAUCAUUCUCGGACUCAUUGACCCUUCGUGUGCAUCGAUGUGUUCAUACAGGGGCCCAACCAUUUAUGUGUGUCGUGUGCAAGAAAUCAUUCUCACAGUCGUCAAACCUUAGGAGACACCAACGUUUACAUACAGGGGAGAAACCAUUCAAAUGCUCAAUCUGUGACAAGUCAUUCUCUCAGUCGUCACACUUCCUUGUGCACCAACGUAGCCACACAGGGGAGAAACCAUUUAUGUGCGAGGUAUGUGAGAAAUCAUUCUCACAGUCAUCAAGCCUCCAAGUGCACCAACGCAUUCACACAGGGGACAAAACAUUCUUGUGCAAGCUGUGUGACAAAUCAUUCUUGCAAUCAUCACAUCUCCUCAUACAUCAACAUAUUCAUACAGGAGAGAAACCAUUUAUGUGUGAGUUGUGUGGCAAAUCAUUCUCACAGUCAUCGAGCCUUCGCAUACACCAACGUAUUCACACUGGGGAGAAACCAUUCACAUGUGAGGUGUGUGACAAAUCAUUCUCACAGUCAUCACACUUCCACAUACAUCAACGUAUUCACACAGGGGAGAAGCCAUUCACGUGUACAAUGUGCAACAAAUCAUUCUCCAACUCAUCAAAACUCCUGCUCCAUCAGAGGAUUCACACGGGUGAGAAACCAUUCAGAUGUGAGAUGUGCGACCAGUCAUUUUCAUCAUCAUCAGCACUCCGGGUACACCAACGAGUUCACACAGGGGAGAAACCGUUCACCUGUGAGUUGUGUGACAAAUCAUUCUCACAGUUAUCCACCCUCCGCAAGCACCAACACAUUCAUAAGGGGGGCAAAGCAUUCACAUGCAGUGUGUGCAACAAAUCAUUCUUGAGAUCAUCAAACCUUCUACUCCAUCAGAGGACUCACACAGAGAAGAAACCGUUCACUUGUGAGGUAUGUGACAAAUCAUUCUCGGAGUCAUCAAACCUCUUGCGGCAUCAGAGGAUUCACACAGGGGAGAAACCAUUCAGAUGUGAAGUUUGUGCCAAAUCAUUCUCUCAGUUGUCAAUCCUCCAUAUACAUCAACGUAUCCACACAGGGGAGAAACCAUUCACGUGUGAGGUGUGCAACAAAUCAUUCUCGAGAUCAUCAACCCUCCGUACACACCAACACAUUCACACAGGGGAGAGACCAUUCAGGUGUAAUAUGUGUAACAAAUCAUUCUCAAGAUCAUCGAGACUCCUGCUUCAUCAGAGGAUCCACACAGCAGAGUGACCCUUUAACACUGAGGUUUGUGAUGAGCAUUUCUUGAUAUCUUUGGCUAUCUGGAAUACACUCGGUUCACAUGGAGGAAACUCUUCAGGUAUUUGUAACAAGGCUUUUGUAUAGUCAGUGUAUUCCCUGCACCAUCAACACACAUAGAGGAGAGAAAUCUCCAUUGGUGCGAGUUCUGUAAUGAAGCUUUCACAUAAUUCUUGGACCUUGUGGAACAUCAGUGAACCCACAGAGGAAUGACCAGCCCAUACUUUUGGCUAACUUUUCAUCAGCGUGUGAACUGUACACAGGGGCCGAGAGCUGCAUGGGAUUGGUGGUGGGGGGGGGGGGGCAGAAAGGUAGCUGGGAAUGCAAUAGGUAGGUGAAGGCAGGUUGAAAGGGAUAGAUCAAUGGGACUGGGACACAGAACAAGAAGCAGCUUUCACUCCCAUUAAACAACUAGUGAUGACAUCACCAGUGCUGAGGGAUUAUGAUGUAACAAUGGAGUGACCCUGCAGUGUGAUGUCAGUGAAACAGGACUUGGAGUCGCCCCCAGGCAGUGAGGACAACCCGUUGUGUUUAUAUCCAGAGUAUUAACACAAACUGAACAACACUACGCAGAUUAAGAGAGACCAUUCAUUGUUUUACUUGCAAGCAUUUCAGCUAUGACCUGUUUGCGUGAGAAUGACUGAUAGUCAAAUCUGACCUCAAGCUAUUUCAAUGUAUGUUUCGUAAACUAUUUCUGUCUGCUCCAAAACAUUUGCAAAUGAUGUUACUUAAUUUGCAGAGAUAUUGCUUGGGAUUAUAUACUUGAACACCUUCAAGGUUAAAAGUGCAAUUGAAGUGUAACAACUUGACUAUGAAAUAUAAGAUUUGUCUGGACAAUGUUGCAAAACAACUUGCAAAUGACAUUUCAGGAAUCUUUUUCCUUUUGUUAUGGGAAGGGGAUGUUUUGAUAAAUUACUUUUUACACUGCACCUAACCAUAUUUAUGUGAUUUCUGAUGUAAUAUGUAAUAAAGAUUUAAGAGCAGUAGCCAUUUUACAUAUGUUUAAAAUUUAAGUUGCUCCGAAUAUUAACAACAUGAGUUUCCAGAAGCUUAGGAAACUGAACGGUGAAAUGGUGAUGACUUUGAGAAGCAGAUUACAUGGAGAUUUAAACUUGUCAUUGUACCAUCUGAAUGAAGCCUCAUAUUUCAGCUGCUACCUCAGUUCUCCUGGUAAACAUUUGACAGAAGGUUCUAGUGUGAAAAUAGCAUUCUUCAUCCUCAGAGGAUUUCAAACUUACAACAUCAGCGUGGGAUGUGUCUGAUAGAUUGGAAGAGGAAAACCCACAGCAUCCAAGGGAGUGCUGUUGUGCAGUAGUGGGACCGACAGACAUAGGAGAGAGAAGCACAAGGUGAAUGGGGCAAUUUUCACCAAGCUCUCCAUCUCUCUUGGUCAAAUUAUUUCUUAACGAAAGAAUUUGCUAGCUUUUAUUAAAAGAGAUCAAUUGAGGCAAAGAGUCUUGAUUGAUUUAAUAACAUGGAGAAUGUGAGGAUUGUAGAUGCUGGAAAUCAGAGUCGAAUCUGUUAGA